AUGAUUAAAAGGAAAAGACCAGUUGAGAUAUUUGCAUGGAUAUUUGCAAGGGAGUACAGUCCGCUGCCUCUUAUGGCAUACCGAAUAGAUGCUAUCAAGUGCCCUGAGAAUGAUCCCCUCCCUGUUCCACACGAGUGGUACCAGCCCGGGAACCUCCUCAUUGGUGGGAUAUCUUCGCAGAUCAUUUAUAUUUUUUCCUUCAAAAAACACCCAUCUCAGGAUCUGGGUUUUGAUCUUCCAGUAGUGGUCCAGCACUAUAAUAAAAUCAUUGCCUGUGAUUUAGAAUUCAUUGGUGAAAGUGUGCUUAACUAUGUUUGCAGUGUGGUGACAAAAUUCUACCAGCAUGUCCUGGCCUUGGCAUUUGCUGUAAAUGAGAUCAAUGAAAAUUCAAAGAUAUUACAAAACAUCACCCUUGGCUUCCACAUCUAUGACAGCUACUACGAUGCAAGGAUGACCUAUCAAACCACUCUCGACCUGCUCUUCAAAUCACAUACAUUUGUCCCCAACUACAAAUGUGGGAUGCAGAAAAAUGUCAUAGCACUCAUUGGGGGACUUAGCUCUGAUAUCUCCUUCUGUAUGGCUGACAUCUUAAGUCUCUACAAGAUUCCACAGCUCACAUAUGGCUCAUUUGCCCCAGAACAGCAUGAUACAAUGCAAGUCCCUUCUUUUUACUGCAUGGUCCCAAAUGAGUCCCAUCAGUACAUGGGGAUUGUCCACUUGCUUCAGCAUUUCAGAUGGACGUGGAUCGGGCUCCUUGCUGUGGAUGAUGAGAGUGGAGAUCAUUUCUUAGAGGCUCUGGAGCCAUUGCUCUCCAAGAAUGGAAUCUGUUCAGCCUUCACACAUAGAAUCCACAAACAAGGUCGUUUGCUCUUCCUAAAUGAGCUCAGCUAUAUGGCCUGGAAUAUUUAUAAACCAUUUGUGAAUACAAAAGCCAGAACAUUUGUUAUCUAUGGUGAAACUCUGACCAUUAUGUGGCUGAGCACAUUAAUGGCUUUAGCAGGACAUGAAGAUAAGGAAAACACAACUGUUGGGAAUGAGUUGUUAGAGGUGGAUGGACCAUGUACUGGUGCUGAGAGGUUGGAGAGCCUUCCUGAGUCUGUUUUUGAAAUCAAUAUGACUGGCCACAGCUACAGCAUCUAUAAUGCUGUCUGCAUCAUAGCGCAUGCUUUGCAUGCCAUGAACUCACCUAGAUCUCAUAGCAGAAAGAGGAUGAAGAAUAAAAGUGUGAAACUUCAAGAUCUCCAGGUUUGGCAGCUCCACCCAUUUCUUCAGGGCAUUUCAUUUAACAACUCAGCUGGAGAAAGUGUGUCUUUUAAUGAUUACAGAGAAAUGGGAACUGGAUUUGACAUCAUGAACAUAGUCACAUUCCCAAACAAAUCUUUCCGUCGAGUGAAAGUUGGACGGGUGGACCCCGAGAAUCUUGAAGGGGAAAAAUUCACCCUUAAUGAGGAUAGAAUUGUGUGGCCCAGACCUUUUAACCAGGUACUACCCAUUUCUGUUUUUAGUGCAUCCUGCAACCCUGGGUAUCAGAAGAUAAAGAAAGAAACAGAGAAAUUUUGUUGUUUUAGUUGUGCUCCGUGUCCAGAAGGGAAGAUUUCAGACCAGAAGGACAUAGCCGAGUGUUUUCAGUGCCCAGAAGAUCAAUAUCCUAACAAGGAUCAAAAUGGAUGCAGCACCAAAGUGACAAGCUUUCUGUCCUAUGAAGAACCUUUAGGGAUCACUUUAGCCUCUGUUGCUGUCUCUUUUUCACUGAUCACAGCCUUUGUGCUAGCAACUUUUAUCAAGCACAAAGAUACUCCCAUAGUCAAAGCCAAGAAUCGAGACAUCAGUUACACUUUCCUCAUCUCCCUCCACCUCUGCUUCCUCUCUUCUUUGCUAUUUUUGGGACAACCUACGGAAGUGACCUGUUUUCUCCGACAAUCUGCUUUCAGCAUCAUCUUCUCAAUGGCCAUUUCAUGUGUGUUGGCCAAAACCAUCACUGUAAUUGUAGCUUUCAUGGCCACCAAACCAGGUUCUGGCAUGAGGAAGUGGAUGGGGAAAAGUCUGGCCAACUCCAUUGUACUUUCCUGCACCCUUAUGCAAGCAGGCAAUUGUGCAGUUUGGCUAGGAAUGUCUCCACCAUUCCCAGAUUUGGACAAGCAGUCCGUGAAUGGAGAAAUCAUAGCAGAAUGUAAUGAAGGUUCCGUCAUCAUGUUUUAUCUGGUCUUGGGUUUUAUGGGACUUCUGUCCAUCAUCAGCUUCACGGUGGCCUUUUUGGCCAGGAAUUUGCCUGACAGUUUUAAUGAAGCCAAGUUCAUCACCUUCAGUAUGCUGAUGUUCUGUAGUGUUUGGUUGUCUUUUGUUCCAACCUAUCUGAGCACUAAGGGGAAAUCCAUGGUGGCUGUGGAGAUCUUCUCCAUCUUAGCCUCCAGUGCUGGGUUACUGGCUUGUAUCUUUACUCCUAAAUGCUACAUGAUUUUGCUGAGACCUGAGCUGAACCACAGAGAACACCUAAUAAAGAGAUAUAAUUAA